UUUCAGAUGGUUCCGUCUCUAAAUAUAGAGUUGGGUUGGUGUGAUGAAGGAUUCUGAUUCCGAUAAAGUCUUAAAACCUCGACUCUGAGACGACCCUGCAGGAUUCUGAUAAAGUCUUAAAACCUCGACUCUGAGACUUCCUAAGACGCAGUUACAACGAUCUUCAACAAGAAGAAGAGAAAAAUACUUUAAUUAAUCCAUACGAGAUGGAAAAACCAAGACAGAAGAGCGGAGGGUUGACCCCAAAACCCACCGACCCAAAUAAAUCCAAGGACUGCAGUAGGUAGGUGAUGGAUUGGUUUGAUAAAGGAUUUAAAAGUGGCCCGUUUCUGCUCUCUCGUCAACUCCGCUGUGAGGCAGUCCAUAUGGGGAAUGAAAGAGGGCUGUGGAAGGGUGUCUAAGAGGGUAAGGAUUUCAUUACAGUACUUAGCUUUGACAGGCUGUAAGCGGGGAAAAAUAUGUUGUUUUCCAAACAUGGUUCGGGGAGGGGUGAAGUUAGGGAGAGAGGGGGAGAGAGAUAAAAACUCAAGUGUUGGACGCUGUGUUUACAAAGUGUGGGAGAGACUGAAGAGAGUGCUGACUGUACAAUUAGUAGCUAACUUGUCAUUUCAAAAUCAGUGCUACUGUAUAUCAGAGCAGUUGAAGUAAAAUAAUCGUAUCUCAGAUUUUUAUGGAACCUUCAGGCACAAAUCACAAAGAUGAGAAGGACACUGCUUUCAUGAAAGUAGAGGAGGAGGAGAAGGAGAAAGAUGAGGAAGACGAAGAGGAGGAAGAUGAAGAUGAGGAGGAGGAGAAAGACGAUAGCGAGACAACAGUGAUAGACGGUGAAGAGGAAUCAGAUGACAAAGCCAAGGAGACUGAACCCCAGCAGCAGGAGAAGCAGGCCUGGGCCCCCACUACCUACUCCAAGUUUGGUAAAGAGGUGUUCUGCUACGUAGGACAGGAGAUCAGCAUCUUUGAGGCCUUGGACUCUUACGGUGCUGUCAUCUGGCCAGCGGCGUUGGCUCUGUGUCACUACCUAGAGACCAACGUUGAGCAGGUGAACCUGGUGGACAAGGCAGUGCUGGAGCUAGGAGCAGGCCCUGGCCUAGUGUCUAUUGUAGCCACACUCCUAGGUGCCUGGGUCACAGCUACAGACCUACCAGAGAUCAUUGGUAACCUGAGAGCCAACCUACUCCGUAACACAAGAGGGCGCUGUAGGUACACUCCCCAAGCUGCAGCUCUGUCCUGGGGUCCUGAGGUGGAACGCACCUACCCCAGAUCCGUCUAUCGCUAUGACUACGUGCUGGCGGCUGACGUGGUGUAUCACCAUGACUACCUGGAAGAGCUGUUGUUCACCAUGAGAUACUUCUGCCGGCCAGGAACCACUCUGAUCUGGGCCAACAAGGUCCGCCUCAAAACAGACCUGAGCUUCACAGAGAACUUCCAGAACACCUUCAACACCACACUGCUGGCAGAGAUUGGAGAAGUAAACAUAUUCAUGGGCACGUGUCGAGAAACAGAGGAGGAACCAGAGCUGGUCCCAGGAAAACAACAGGAAGAAGAGGAGGAAGAACAUGUCACAGAGGAGUGGAAAUGGGAAAGGUUUACAGGAAAUGGUUUACAGGAAAUGGAGGAAGAGUUUAAGACAGAUGAAACAACUGAGAAUGAGGAAGAAGACGAGACACAGAAGAAGGUACUGAAAGAGGAGAAGGACAGAGAAAACCAGGAAGACUCUCAGGAGGAUUGCAGAGACGAUGAAGAGCAGCAGAAUUCUGCUGGCUCACGUUCUACCUCCGAAUCGGAGCUUGGGGGUCUUGAGGAGGCAGACACUCAGGACUCAAAUGUCCAGCAGGAGGAUAGACCAGUCCGGGUUGAGCAGUUUGUUGCGGAGGCAGACAAAAGGUCAGAGGAACAAGACAACAGUUUGGAGGAGGAGGAGGCUGAUGCAGGUGAUGGCAGUUGCCAAGCAUGGGAGGAACAUACGUUGGAACAUAGUGAUGAAGGAUAUGAGGAUGAUGAUGAUGGUGCAGAAAACACUAACUCCCGCUGUAGCACCGAAGUGACUGACGAAGACAUUAUCGAGGAGUUGGACACCAAGGAAACCAAGGAUACAGGAAAUGCCCAGCUGGAUAAUACCCACGUCCCCUGGAUACGACUGGACAGAGAGGUCUACUUCUAUGCUGGGCACAAAAUCAACAUCGUAGAGGCAAUGGACUCCCAUGGCGGAGUGAUAUGGCCAGCAGCAUUGGCUCUAUGUAACUACCUGGAGACCAAUACUGAUGUGAUAGAUCUGAAAGGAAAGCAGGUUUUGGAACUGGGAUCAGGGACAGGAUUAGUGUCUAUCGUUGCCAGUCUACUGGGUGCCCAGGUGACGGCCACCGACCUCCCAGACGUCCUUAGUAAUCUGAGAUACAACCUACUCCGAAACACCAGAGGGCGCUCUAAAUAUACACCUGAGGUGACAGCUCUAACCUGGGGUCCUGAGGUGGAACGCACCUACCCCAGAUCCGUCUAUCGCUAUGACUACGUGCUGGCGGCUGACGUGGUGUAUCACCUGGACUUGGAGGAGCUGUUGGUUACCAUGAAAUACUUCUGUUGUCCAGGAACCACUCUGAUCUGGGCCAACAAGGUCCGCCUCAAGACAAACCUGGUAUUCACUGAGGACUUCAAGAACACCUUCAACACCACCCUGCUGGCUGAGAUGGGAGAGGUUAAGAUCUUCAAGGCCACGUGUAAAAGGUAGGGAUCACGGAAAGAAGGAUGAGGAACUACUGUCGACAUCCUGCCGACUGUAACCAAGACUUCCUGUCUUUUUCUUCUUCUUCCUCUGAGAAAUGCUUGAAGACAGAAGACGGCCAUCUUGGCUGAUGAUAAUGGACGUUGAUGGACUACUGAUGAUGUCAGUUGUUGAUGUUUGAUGUUCUACUUACUACUUACCUGCUAUAUGUUGUGCUUUAUUGUUUACUUCGUUUUUUACACAUGUACUUAGAUAGUUGAUAUUAAUAUUAAAAUGUUUGCACUUUG